UAUUCAUUCCGUGGCAUCAAACGUCCGCUUGGCUCUCGGGCCCCUUUCUCUAAGGUUCCGCCUCGCCGGAAGUCGCAGGUUAAAUAACCGAGCGAGGCGGGAGAGCAGCCAUGGCUGAAGGGAAGGACCGGCCUGUCGAGGAGAUGGAGAAGAAGGGCAGCCCAAGGAAGAAGAGCGGGGCGGAGAAGGAAAGGAGGAGUUGCAUCGGGCAGGAGACGGACGAGACGACGCGGCGGCUGCUCCGCCAGCAAUACCGGCAGCUGAUUGCCAACUGUCAAGAGAAUCGUGGUUUGAUGUUGAGCAACAGAGGUGAUAAAUUGACUGAGGCUUUGGAAGAUGCUGAUAAACUGUUUCCUGGAGUGUCUGAUCCAAGGGAGGCAGCUUUGGAUGCUCAGUUCCUUGUAUUGGCAACAAAUCUAGGAAAGGAAAAAGCAAACCAGCUGCAUUCGGAUAUGGCAGAAUUUGAUUCAAUUGCAUUUGCUGAAGAUUUACUAACCUAUAUGGGCAUUAAUCGCCUGGAACGGGAAGACAGUGAUAGUGAUGGGGACCAGAAUACUAGUGGAUUUUUACCUAACAAUGCUUGGUAUAAACUUGGUGAGGAAGCAAAAAAGUACUUCAGAAGAGCACCAGUUUUCCACUUCAUGCUGGGAACGUUUACGGCUGAUCCUCCUGUUGAAAAGCCACGAGUUGAGAGACAACGAAAGAAAGCCGGGACACAAGAAGAAAAAGCAGUGCCUGCACAGUUGAAGAAAAUGGAAGAAUCUCAUCAAGAAGCAACAGAAAAAGAAGUAGAAAGGAUCUUGGGGCUCUUACAGGCUUACCAUCAAGACGACCCUAAUACGCCAAUAUCCUACUUUGAGUUUGUGACCGAUCCAAAAUCAUUUGCACGGACUGUGGAAAACAUGUUUCAUGUAUCAUUCCUGAUAAGGGAUGGACUUGCAGGAGUGAAACUGGAUGGGGACAAGCUUCCCAUAAUCGAACCUUUAAAUACAGAAGGAGAGGAAAACGACCAGGAUACUCUUCUACGUAAACAAAGUGUCAUAUCCAUGAACUAUGAAGAAUGGCGGAAAAUUGUGAAAACUUUUGACAUUUCAGCGCCCAUGAUUCCACCUAUCACAGGGUCACAAAGAGAUGAGGAGCAGAUCUGAAUGCAUCCCAAAGUUGUUUUUGAAGAUAUCUGCUGACCAGUCUCGAGGUGCUGACUUGCCAAGAGAAUGACAGAAUGGAAAUUAGCCCUUUCCUGUUUAAGAAUGUAGUAUUUCUUUGGAAAAAUAUUAAUAAGAAGAAAUAUUUUUAAAAGAAUGUAAUAUUUAUUUAUUUAGCAAUUUUGUAUACCGGUCUUCUUUCCUCUAUCGGGGGACUCGGGCCGGUUUCCAACAAUAAAAUCACAAAACAAUCAUUAAAAACAUCAUAUAACAUAUUCAAUUAAAACGUUAUAACAGCAAAAUGCAAUCACAUAAUAACAGUGGUCAGUCGUCAUAGUGAAUUCAUUGUCCAUCAUUCAUCGUCAUCUAUUCGAUCACAGAAAUAUUGAUUCGCUCGUCGAAAGCCAAACCCCAUAGCCAGGUUUUCACCCGUUUUCUGAACGACAGAAUGGGUGUUAAUAUUCCUUUUAAAAGAAAAAAAGUUUUGGUUUCUUCCCCAUUAAUGAUGUUGCAUUAUAUUUUUAUGUUUAUAUUAAAGUUUAUCUUUCUCCAUAUCUUUUCUGUAACUCUCUUUUCCAUAUGUUAUGCAGCCAUUUCAUCAAAAGUUUGUGUCCUUCCAUCAAAUUGCCCAAUAAUAAAUAAUAAUAAAUUUUAUUUAUAGACCACCCUAUCUCCCUGAAGGGACUCAGGGUGGUUUCCAACAAAUAUGGCAAACAUUCAGUGCCCAAAGAAAAACCAUACAAACAGUUUACAUUAGGACAAAACACAUUAGACAAUAGAAAACAUAACUAUAACUUAAUAAUCAAAAUAGUGAGAAAAAAGAGUAAGACAUAAAAUAAUAAUAAAGUAAAAACAUUAUAAAAUACAAAAAAAAAA